UUGCACCGAGGCAGGGGAAAUGUCUCCUCACAUGCUGAGAGAGAAGGUGCAGCAAGUAAGAGGUUAAAAAAAUGCUCUGGCUGCAGCUUUAAAACGUAACAUGGAAGGUAUCACACUGAAUUGGGUAGGAGUCUGGCACACGCCUUGGCAGCUCAGCGCUAUCUGAUCUCAGAGGCACUCAGACACUGGCUGGAUCGCAGGAAGCUGCCCUCCGGCAGUCAAGUCCUAACUCUGAGAAGGGCUCAGAUCCCUGCCGUCUCAGGGGCAGUGUGCAGCCGGGAACAUCACAGGAGCACUGGGGGCAGAGUGGGUGGUAUUGUGUUCCUGGAGAUAAAUACAUUCUUUCCCUAGUUUGAUUUUCCUAGACAGUCAGCUAGGGGGAGAGUGAAGGAUGCAGUUUGGGAGAUGAGUGCCACCAAGGAGGACAGCCGGUGUCAGAAAGCAGUGCGGAUUGUCACUGACCUGUGCCAGAAGAAAAGCCUGCCCAGCCUGGAUUUGGACACUUGCAGGGGGUUCCUCCUCCUGCCUUCAGACCAGAGCCUGAGUAUCUCGGAGCCAGAGCUCUCCAUCAGCCUCCUUGCAGUGAUAGUUAGUGUGUGUGGCCUCGCCUUGGUGGCAGUUUUUCUCUUUCUCUUUUGGAAGCUGUGCUGGGUGCCCUGGAGGAACAAGGCCAUUUCUUCUAACGUCUCCCAGAGCGAGGCAGCCUGCAACCAGGAGACCAUGGCAGACAAGCUAAAGGACACAGGUACGCUUGGCUUCCUGGAGGCAGCUGUGAAGAUCAGCCACACCUCGCCAGAUAUCCCAGCCGAGGUCCAGAUGUCCAUGAAAGACCAUAUCAUGCGGCACGCUCGGCUACAGAGGCAAACAACAGAGCCGGCAUCGUCCACCAGGCACAUUUCCUUCAAAAGGCACCUGCCUCGGCAGAUGCACGUGUCCAGCAUGGACUAUGGCACAGACCUGCCCCUUGAGGCCGAGCAGCCAACCAGCAUUGGCAGGAUUAAACCAGAGCUUUAUAAGCAAAAGUCUGUGGACUCCGAGGACCCCAAGAAGGAGGCGGCAAAAACCUGUGGGAAAAUAAACUUCACCCUCAAAUAUGACUAUGAGAACGAGACGCUGAUUGUGCGGAUCCUCAAGGCCUUUGAUCUGCCAGCCAAGGAUUUCUGUGGCAGCUCAGACCCCUACGUCAAGAUCUACCUCCUGCCUGACAGGAAGCGCAAGUUCCAGACGCGAGUCCACAGGAAGACUCUGAACCCCACCUUCAAUGAGUCCUUCCACUUCCCUGUGCCCUAUGAGGAGCUGACUAGCAGGAAACUCCACCUGAGUGUCUUUGACUUUGACAGGUUCUCCAGGCAUGACAUGAUAGGGGAGGUUAUCUUGGAGAACCUGUUUGAGGCCUCAGACAUUUCCCGGGAAACCUCCAUCUGGAAGGAUAUUCAGUAUGCGACAACUGAAAGCGUGGACCUGGGAGAGAUCAUGUUUUCCCUUUGUUAUCUGCCAACUGCAGGUCGCCUCACCUUAACAGUCAUUAAAUGCAGGAAUCUUAAAGCUAUGGAUAUUACCGGCUACUCAGAUCCGUAUGUCAAGGUGUCUCUGCUCUGUGAUGGGCGGAGGCUGAAAAAGAAGAAAACCACCAUUAAGAAAAACACUCUUAAUCCUACCUACAAUGAGGCGAUAAUCUUUGACAUUCCCCCAGAGAACAUGGAUCAAGUUAGCCUGCUUAUCUCCGUCAUGGAUUAUGAUAGAGUUGGUCAUAAUGAGAUCAUUGGAGGUUGCCGUGUGGGGAUCAGUGCCGAGGGACUGGGCCGAGACCAUUGGAACGAGAUGCUGGCAUACCCUCGCAAACCGAUCGCACACUGGCAUCCAUUAGUGGAGGUGAAGAAAUCCUUCAAAGAGUGGCAAGGCCGAGCAGCAAGCUUCGACAGCCAAGGCUCAUGUCCAUCUCCUAAGCCACCUCCCACACCAUGAGCCACUGAAGCAGUGGAUUAGAAUGGAACUAAACAAAGUUAUUUUGCACUUGUCCUACAGUCUGAACAACUUGUUGCUGAGUGGCACCAGUGAGGCGUUCCAGGCCUAGUUGUUCCAACGUAGGUAAAGGCAGAAGAAACACUUUGUGGUCAAAUUUGUCUUGGUCUGUUAUGGCUCCCAAGAUGAUGUUUGUAGUUUGCAUUUUAUGGAUCUGCUGCCCGAGGAAGAAGAUGGAACAAAACAUGAGCUGGGAGGUUGGUCUGUAAAAUAACGUGUAAAAUGCUGGACCAGUAGCAGAGAUCUUCUCAGCCUAUAUGAACACCGAUGACAUGCCCCAGGGAAGAGGCAUGGGGAGAAGCAUGCUGUUGCAUUUUCUGACUGAUUGGAACCGUGUAAAUAGAAGCCUUGAUUAGACUUCAUGUGACCAGCUCUUUAUUAAUGUGAUCAAUCUGAAUUCAGCCACAUGUUUACAGGUUUCUUAUUCAUGUAGAAAUGUUCAUGAGCCUUUCAAAGUUUGUGCCGUGUAUACCCCAAACUUCCUUCUGUGAUGUAUUGAAGAUUUGUUGAUUCCUCAGGGAAAAUGAUCCAUUUUCUGUAUUCUCCCUAGGACCAUUUGCAUGAACACAGUUAUAGAUCAUAGAAUAUCAGGAUUGGAAGGGACCUCAGGAGGUCAAACUAGUCCAACCCCCUGCUCAAAGCAGGACCAAUCCCCAAUUUUUGCGGCAGAUCCCUAAAUGGCUCCCUCAAGGACUGAACUCACAACCCUGGGUUUAGCAGGCCAAUGCUCAAACCACUGAGCUAUCCUUUCCCCUGUCUGCUACUGCUGCUCAUUCCUCUGUGACAUCGCUUGUCUGAUGCGGAGUGAAGAGGACUGUGUUGACGCAAGCAGGGUUCUGAUGUGAGGUGGGAAAUGGGUUAUAGGAGCAGGUGAAAGUCUUGCAUGAACACUAGAUCUUUAUUUUUAUAAAUGAUCCUUAGCAGGACAGUGUGAGAGAAUACAGGGGAGCACAAAAAUAUAAACAAGUGUUGUUGUUUUUUUUAAUUUUUAAAGCUUUAAAUUAGGGCUGUCAAACCAUUUUUAAAAAAUUACAAUUCAUCAUGAGAUUUUUUUU